CCUUUCCACGAGGGCGCCCGCCAGGAGGAGCUGCCGCAUCGACAUCGAUCCAGCUCCGCCCAGACUGGGCAAGAAGAGCCAUACGUCGCAAUUUGUUGGAGUUUUUUUUCUAUUCGGAUACGGGGAAGGAGCGGGGUGGCGAGGAGGCCUGUUCUUGGAUGUUGCGGGUAGGAGAGGAGUAGCAACAGCUGCCUGCCUUGGGAGUCCCCAGUCCUUCACACCAUGCAAGUGGCUGAGAAUGCCUGCACCCAUUUGGAGGAUGAACUGCUCUCCAUAUCGUAUCUGGGGAGGGAAUGAAAACAAGAACAAUCAAGUUUUGAAAACCUUCUCUGACUUAUGAUAGUCUGAGUUUAGUCUGUGAAGACUGUCGUCUUUAUUUCCGCAACUCCUGCCCACAACAUGGACCCCCCACCUUUGUGGCUGACACACCUGUUCCAGAAAGAACUCCAUCACGGGCACUGCUGUCCCUGCCUGAGGGACUUCUGGUCAAGGAACGUUCUCAAGGAGGCUUUGGAGUGUGGAGUGCACUCCCAGCCCUACCUCGUGGCUGCAUCUUUGGGCCCUAUGAGGGGGAAAUGGUCCGAGAACAUAGUGACUGCACCCGUUAUUCUUGGGCGGUUCGGGACAAUGGGUCCUAUUUUUUCAUUGAUGCUUCUGAUGAUUCCAAAUCUAACUGGAUGAGAUAUGUGGCAUGUGCCUCCACUGAGGAUGAGCAGAACCUAACUGUAUUCCAAUAUCGGGGUUACAUCUACUACCGUGUCUGCCAGAUUAUACCUGCUGAUACAGAGCUGCUGGUCUGGAUAGGAGAGGAAUAUGCUCGCACUCUAGGGCUGCGUUUAGGUGAGCAUUUCAAAUACGAAUUUGGCGAGAAAGAAUUACUGAUGAAACUCUUCCAAGAGCUGCAUGUCAAGACUCGGUCAUCUCCUCCAGCUCCCCAUGCUCCUUCUUCUCGUACCCAGUAUUUGUGUGGAGAUGCCACUGCCUCAUCUUUCCUGCCCCUCCACAAGCCAGGCCUUCCUGUGGGAGGAAUCACAUUUCCCCUGCUGGAAGGGACACAAAAUCUGGUGGGUUUGGGCCGUGCUCAGAGUCGCUACUGGACUUUUUUUGGCUUCCAGGGGGAUGCCUAUGGCCGCAUCCUCGACAAGAGCAAGAUCAUCUGCAAGUUGUGUGGAGUCCGGCUGAGCUACAGCGGAAACACCACCAACUUACGCCAACAUCUCGUCUACAAACAUCGUUGUGAAUACAACCAGCUUGUUGGGACACAGGUGGCCCCUCUUGACAAAGGAAUGGCUGGUACAAGCGAGUUUGGAACUCCCCGGCCUCCAAUCCCUGGCCGGACAACACGGGCAGUGGCUGACUUUAUUGUGUUGGACCUGAUGCCAGUGGAGGUGGUAGAAGGUGAGGGGUUUGGGCAGAUGCUAGCUGUCCUGGACCCCAACUACAGACUCCCUGAAGCUGCUGCCCUCGCCCACACAGUGCUGAAGGACAUGUAUACCCAGGUGAAAGGGAAAAUCUGGGAACUGGUGCGGGGCCUGCCCCAGUGUUCCCUCAGUCUGGAUGUAUGGCACCACAGCAGCACUCUAACCUACCUCACACUAACUGUCCACUAUGUGGAUGACUGCUUUGAACCCAGGGCCAGGGUCCUUUCAAGCCGCCCUAUUCCUGAGAACCCCAGCCCUGAGAGCCUGGUGGAGGCACUGGCUGAGGCCACCAAAGAAUGGGGAGUACAUGAGAGCACUUUGUACACUGUGGGAGGCCUUGGCCCUGCCAUCCAGCAAGCAGCUGCUGCCCUGGGGUGGACAGCCCUGCCUUGCAUUGGGCAGGCCUUGCGGGCAGCAAUGGAAGCAGUGCUGGGCCAGCCAGUAGCCCAGAGUGCCCUGGAGCACCUCUGUUCUUUGGCUUCUUGGGCACUGACGGGGACAGGUCGUAAUGAAAAACUGUGGUUCCAGGAGCCCCUCUUGAAAGCCCACCUCAGCCGCUUCCUGAGGGAUGGGAGCAAAUGGCACAGUGUCUACACAAUUCUGCAGGAUUUGCUAGAGUAUAGCAAGUCUCUGUCAGGGCUCGGUCCUGAUGGAAAGGCAAUCCUGCACCCACAGGACUGGGCUGCCCUUCAGGACAUAGUCCAAGUUCUCAAGCCCAUGGCAAUUGCUACCUCUACGUUUACCAAAGAUCCCUUUUCCAGUCUUGCCCUAGUCAAGCCCGUGUUAACUAGCCUCCUCUACAAGCACUUGGUGGCCAGUGAGUGGGACUCUGCUCUGACCCUUGAAGCCAAAGCAGCAGCUCAGAAAGAACUGAACCACCAUUUCUCCAGCCCUGAAGUUAACCAGGCCCUCAAUCUAGCCUGUGCUCUUGACCCCCGGUUUCGUGGUCUGGACUUCCUGAGCCAUUCUGACCAGGUGGAAACUUUGCACUUGCUCAAGGCCGAAGUGUCACACUUGGCCAAGGCGCCUGCUUUCUUAACCUCCAGCCUGCCUGAUGUGGCUUCCUCAUCGCCCCCUUCCAAGCUGCCAAAGCAAGAUGCAGGCAUUGAAUUCUUGCUGGGAGAUCUUUGCAGCAUGCAUGGUGGCCCAGACAUCAGCUCUGCCCAUCAGCAAGCCGAGCAGGAGACAACCAGCUUCCAGACCAGCAAAGCAUCUGCCCUCGCUCAGGAACCCCUGCAAUGGUGGAAGAUCCACCACACCCAGUACCCAUUAUUGUCCCGGGCAGCCCGCAAGCUCCUAGGAGUGCCUGCCACUUCAGUACCUGCUGGCUGGCUCUUCAGCAGCACUGGAGAUGCCAUCCAUACUAAGCGCCAAGCCCUGACACCAGAGCAUGUCGAUAUGCUUGUGUUCCUCCAUGGCAACCGUGCAAUGCUCUGUUAAAGUACACAAAGAAAGCAGCCUUGGGUGGGCAUCUGUCUGCAGGAUCCUAUAGCAUUCCACCACAAAAGACUGAAAUUGGAGAAGAGUUCCCAUGUGUCCUGUAUCUACUUCCCUCUGCUGGACUGGCCAAAAGGUCUAGAGGGCGAGUACAGUCUUGAGUGUUUUGGAGAAAGGGGAAUAGAACAAAACCAUUUGAGUGGUUUUGUGGGGUGGGCCAAACUAGGGCAGACCUCUUCGAAUUGCAUCAACCAGGGAUCAAAAUACAAAUUCCCUCUACUCCCACCAGCUGAUUGGGAGCUAUGAAAAUAUUAGUUCAGUGAAGUUGUAGACUACCGGCUAAGAAGACUGAUCUGGAAUAAAAGAAACAGCUGUGGCUUUUAGUAGGCUUUGUUUGGAGGAAGGGAGGGGAGGAGGCCAAAUUAGAUCAUGUUGAAUCUUCCAAAGAAGUAGGAGGGCUGAUGUGCUAGAAUAUUCCAUAAAUGUAAGGGAAAUGAAUGUUAUGAGAGUGUAUGGCUGUAGUCCUCGCCUCUCGGAGAUAUGGGGGGGGGGGAAUGACACAAACUAUGGGUCAGAAGGAGAGAUCAUUUGAGGACAGAAAUGAUGUAUUAAGAGUAAGUAAGAAAUAGAGGAAUAGGAGUGGACUAGCCCAUGCUUACCAUAGGGAAACAGAUUCAUUACAGGGAGAAGAUAAGGGGGGAGAAAUAUGCUGAAUGGUAUAGAGAGCUGAAAAUAAUGACAGCACCAAUUCAGGGAAACAAAAGGAGGGCAUGGAAUAUUUCAAGAAGUUUAGGUUGCAAUUCAGACACACAUCAAGCAGGCAUGUGGUUGAUGUCAAUGUGUUUUUGCUUUAUAAGGAGCCCUGGAGUAUCUAAACAAAAGGUACAUUAACCAAGCCUUUUCUCUUAUUACCUAAUGGAAUGAUGAUGGACAACAUAAUUGGAGGAUUCUCUGGUAGAGAGAUAUCUUACUUGCACUAUGGAUUCAAUGAAUAUAGGCAGCAUUCCCUCCUCUCCUCACCCUUCCUCGAAAAUCAAGAUACAGAGCCAAAAGAAGAAAGGAUGCUAGAAAAGUACUGUGAUUCCUCUGGCCUUCCUUCCAUUUAGGGGGCAUUGAUCUUUAAACCAAAGAAAGUACUAACCAUUUCUUCAAUUUUAUUUAUACCCAGCCUUUAUUAUUUUUUACAAAGAACUCAAGGUGGCAAAUUCAUUCAACCUUCUAUUUCCCCCACCUGUGAGAUAAGUUGGGCUGAGAGAAUGAUUAUCCCAGGGUCACCCAGCUGGUUUUCAUGGCUAAGAUAGAAGUCACAGUCUCCCACUUUAUAGCUUGGUGCCUUAGCCAUUAGACUUUUCACUGCCUCUUGAUCAUGCCCUUCCCUAUGUAAUGCCUUCCUUUUUCUCUCCUAUCCUAACCCCCUCCUCCUAUUUGCACACAUUAAAAAGUUCAGGAUUAUCAAAUGAAAGAGGAACAGCUGAAGACAGGUUUAUACAGCCGGGACCCUUCUUCCUCUCCACUUUAAAAUUGAGUUUAUUUAGUUUUUUUGGGGGGGGGGGGUAAUUCAAAGAGCAACAAGAAAAUAAAAGGUAUUUUAUUUUUUAAAAAGAUGAUGAUGCUUAUACUAAGAUAGGGGUGGGGGAAAACUGAAGAAUUUUUUUUUCCCAGAUGGUGAUUCUUUAGAGCACCAACAGCCAAGGAUGCGGUAGAGCUAAAAAUUAUAGAAAACAUCCCUCUCUGGCCUUGUUCAAUAUGAAUAAGACAUUACCCUCUAACUUUAUCAUCCAGUUCUGUUGGCUUUAGUUGCUAGUCUCAUCCAACAUUUCUUCAACUUGGCUAGGAAUAAUAGAAAUUAUGGAGCUGCCUCAUAGCAGUUCCAAAAAUAGCCUGUCCACAGAUCACAUCUGGUGAAUUGUUCAUGGCUAUCCCUUUAUUAAUCAGAGUAUUUACUAGCCAUUGUUUUUUUUAUUAGUGCCAAAAGGGAAGUCAAGCUGCCUUAUAGAAGCCAAUGCCACAAGAAAGUUGAUGCUUAAGCCAGGACAAAUAUUAUUCCUAAUGCUGGGGGGGGGGUAGUGGUGGUACAUAAGGCUUUUUACAAUUGCUGAUUGGCAUCUCAUGAUUGCCCUGCUCCUAAUGGAAGUUGUAGUUUGGUAGCAUCUAGUGGGUGAUAUGAGGCCCAACAGCUGUUGGACAUCAUCUUUCUUAGUAUGACCCCGAUUUGAUACAACUAAUAGAAUAUGAUUCUCAGCAAGUGACAGUGUCUAACCAACCGUGGCUGAUUUAGAAACCUAAGCAGUGUUGGCUGUACUUAAUACUUAGAUGUCACCUAGAAAGACAAGGUCUGGUGAAUAACAGGAACUCUGAAAAAAUAGCCCAGCAGAAAACAGUAGCAAACCAUGGGGGAUAGGGAGGUAGAAUGGGAAACAUCAGCUACAUUAAUGCAUCAGGAUUUCAAGUCCAACAUGAUUUUGCUUUUACUUCUGGGGUAAUUGUAUUAAAUAUCUAGAAACAAAUUAUCUGUUCCUCAUCCUGCUUUCAGAAAGCUAUGAAUCCUUGUUGCAUCAUUUUCAGUCUUUAUGACAAAUGUAGAAUUAGUUGUAAUUUCUUCUAUUGUGUAAAUUUUUUUUAAUGAAAUUGAUUUAAUUAUG